AUGGUUCAAAGUAUGAUGAAGCAUCAGUUGAUUAAAUCAUGCUCUGGUGGAUUGUUACCUUCUUCAACUUUACGAAAAUUCGAAAAUGAUUGUAAUUCAGAUUCGAUGGUUGGAGAAGUUAUGACAUUCAAGGAACGAUCUUUGGUAAUUCAGAAAAAGAUUGCUACAGGAUCGUUUUCUAAAAUAUACAAAGGAGCUGUAUCGAUUAAAUCACCUGGAUUUGCUUUGAAGUUUUUGUUGAAUAAAUCUACGAAGGAUAAGAAGCGAGUAGCUCUAGAAAUGGAAGCAAUAAGAAAUAUCAGUAAGAAGCCUUCAUAUAGAAAUCAUUUUCCACGAUUCAUCUCUGUGACAUCUUUCAAUGAUUUUAAAUGUAUAAUUAUGGAGAGGAUGAACACAAAUCUUCGUUUCUAUAUGGCAAGUAAUCGUCGACGUUUAUUCAAACUCAAGGAUAUCCGACAGAUUUCUAAACAGCUUUUAUCUGCUAUUGUUUAUCUUCAUAAUAUGGAAUAUAUUCACACUAAUAUAAAACCGGAAAAUAUCAUGAUUGUUGACGUCAAAACUUCUCCCAUCCAAAUCAAAUUAUGUGGGUUUGGACAUUCCAUGACAACGUCUAGUGCUUUAUCUUCUACUGGAAAGCAGAUCCAACCCCUUCAUUACAGAUCUCCAGAGAUUCUGUUCGGUUUACCAUUUUGCGAUUCAAUCGAUAUUUGGUCAAUUGGAUGUAUCUUAGCUGAGUUAUAUAUUGGAUCCGUACUCUACUCCGGAAAAACAGAAGCUCAGAUGGUUAAGUAUAUAGCUGAAACGCAAGGGUUUCCCUCUCACUUGGAACAGUCAAAGUAUUGGUCGCAUUAUGUUGUCCCCGCUGAUUCUGUAGAUUUUCAUUACCAAACUUUAACCAUGACAAUCAAUGUUUAG